CUGCUUCGCCGGCGCCGGGGCCGGUCAGUGCCGGGGCCAGCCUUGAGAAAGCCAGCUGGAGAAGUGACUGCCCUCAGCUUGCUUCAUCUGAAAUGGCCCUUGCUUUGUGGAAGAACUUUCUUCAGAUUACAAUUAAAAGGGUACUACAACGAAGAAGGUUGUCACUGUAUAAUGGUGCUCAUGGCUAUGAGGAAGAACUGAUAAAGAAGAAACUUCAGCAGUUUUCUGGUGGAUCCAUCAACCUUUCCAAAGAAGACAAUGGCAUUGCAAUACUUACUUUGAAUAAUCCAAAGUUAAUGAAUGCCUUUACAGGCACUAUGAUGGUAGAACUCCAGGAGAGGGUUACUGAACUGGAAAACUGGAAGGAUGGCAAAGGCCUUAUAAUCCAUGGUGCAGGAAACACUUUUUGCUCAGGAUCUGAUUUGAAUGUUGUCAAAGAAAUAUCCAAUUCCCAGGAUGGGAUGAAUAUGUGCAUGUUUAUGCAAAACACCUUAACCAGACUUAUGAGGUUGCCUUUGAUCAGUGUUGCACUAGUUCAAGGAAAAGCUUUUGGAGGAGGAGCAGAACUUACCACAGCAUGUGAUUUCAGGUUGAUGACGCCUGGGAGUGAAAUUCGCUUUGUCCACAAGCACAUGGGCCUGGUGCCAGGCUGGGGAGGAGGUGCCCGGCUGGUGCGGAUUGUGGGCAGCGGGGCAGCCUUGCGGCUGCUGGCCGGGGCUGCGCGGCUGGAUCCCGAGAGAGCGCUCAGCCUGGGGCUCUCCGAGGAGACGCUGCUGUCCUCAGAUGGAACCAGAGCGCUGGGAGAGGCCCGGGCCUGGCUGAGUCAGUACACAGAGGGUCCGGCCACUGUCAUUCGGGCUGUGAAAAAGGUGGUGACAGCAGGAAGAGAGCUCCCGCUGGAAGCUGCCCUAAGGACAGAGAAGGACAUUUUUGGAACUGUGUGGGGUGGGCCUGCCAAUUUGCAGGCAUUGGUUAGAAGACCAAAACAUAAAUGAUGGUUUAUGCAUAAGAAAUGGGCUUCACUUUUUUGCAAGCAACGCUUUCAGUAAAGCAGCCGUUAAGCUGAAUCAUUUAAGGCCUUGUCCAUUUAAAAUGGCAUUAACAUUCCUGCCAUUUAGGUCAGGGAGGCAUAUUUGGUGUGCAACCACAGAGAAAUCCCAGGCAGAUUCUCUACUGUCCUAAUCACCCACUGAAUCGAGAUUAGUGAAAUUACUAUGUAAAGGUAAAUACUGUGCUGAAAAUAGAACUAUAAUUCCUUUGGAAUGAGGAUGAAGAUUAUUUUAUUUGGUGGCUGGUUUUGUUUUUUUUUAAACUGGUAUGGAAAUUAAUUACUUGAAAGAUCUGAGGUUUAUUCAUUUGCAGAACAGGUGCAUCUAAAGCUGCAAAAUAUGAGUUCACCAACAUGAGACCAGUGUCUUUAAGCAGCUUGGAAAAGAUGAUUACUAGUGGGAGGAUAGCUUUUAUUUUUCCAUUCUAGUUAGUUCUUUGUGCAAUUGCUGAGAAAGUAUCCUUCAAUUUUAGUGGUACUUUUACAGGAGAAGCUUUGAGUUACUGAGAAGCUUCUAGCACUCGUUCACUAUCACUGAUUCAGGCUUUUAAAUGUAUUUUGCUAUCUUCUCACUGCUCAAGGAAUCAACUACCCACACAUGCAUCUGCCCAUUCCCAUAUCCUGUACCUGUGCAAAGCUGCUGGCCUGGUUCUUUACACAGAAUCUGGUUGAAAUCUUGGAAGGCUGUGAUGUAUCAUGCCCCAAAAAGGUUUGUCCUUAGGUGACUGGAUGAUGUGAGUACUUCAGCAUUGUGGUAAAGAUGUGAGUGGAUAUGUCUGUGUCUUUCUUCAAUGUAUUUUUACUGGUAGGGUAUAUUUGGGCUGACUAGAAGGUUUGGAACUCAGUCUCCCCUUCAUGCCAGUGACUAUGCAAGUAAUUGGAUAACUUAGUGGGGAAAGUUUUCCCUUUAGAAAUUAGAAACUGACACAGAGUGCCUGCUUUAAAAAUAAACAUCUGUGAGAGCAAAACCAUAAAGACAUAUCUGUAACUGAGAGUUUCCUGACUGUUGGUUAGGAUGCACUUGUCUCUAAAUCCAGCAGGGACUGAGAUCUGAGCCAAGGACCUAAGUACUCUGUGGGAGCAUGUAAAGAAGGAAGCUCUGGGCUCUGUGCCACUGCCAUGACUUCUGACCAGGUAUAACUAGCUCAAGAUCAUGGAACAAGCUCCCUUAAGAAAAUAAGGCAGUAUCUUGGAUGGAAAUCCAUGUUACGAUUUCCUAGUGUGGCAGGAGUCCUGAGUUUUAGACAGUUUGAGGACUUGGGGACAAAUCAAGGUUGGGAAUGAGGCUUGGAUUGCCUGUUAUGAUUAUGCAAGUUUUGAGCAGAUUCUGUGAUCUGCUGGGAAUGUUUUACUGUGUAGUUUUCACAGCAAUGAAUAUAGCCUGAAGCAACCAAGAGAAAUGUUGAGGAAAGGGAUGUGUUUUGAGUUGGCAUCUCAGAGAAGAUAAGGAACUUACCUCCACCCUGUUGAUCCUGCACCUUUGCCUUAAUAUCUGAAGCACUAAUGGAGGAAGAUUUCAAAUCUCUCUUCCCCAAAAAUAAAGUUCAAUUUUUCCUUUUAGGUUAGAGAAGAAACAGGAAUGAGAACAUGGGGAAGAGUAGUGUUUUGGUUUGUGCCUUUCUUCCCCCAGCUCCUUUUUAUCCAGUAGCGCAGUAGUUACUCCUGUAACUGGGUUCUUUCCCAUGCCCUAAAGAACUUCAAAACUGUUACUUCAGAAGAGUGAAUGCUUUAGUAUAAUCAGGCAGCACGUGACUGUUUAGUAGUGAAGUUGUUCUGUUUUUCAUGAAGUUUCUCAAGACUCAUGAGGGACUUGAGUCUCCAGACUGCAGCAUCACUGAACCUUCAAGGCACACUCCAGUCCAUACUCAUCCAGCUUUUCGAAGCAAUAGCACAUAAUGUUGUUGUGAGUCAAAAAAAUAUGUUUUAAAGGGCAACUGAUUAUGUCUUUGCUUUUAGCAAGAAUGAAUGUGCCAUUACUAAUACUGUUAUUCUUUUUAAAAUUGAUGUGACAAUUACUUAGAACCUGAGUAAGACCCUUGAAUCUUUUUUUCUUUUCUGUAUUAGGCUCCUAAGUAUGUUCUGUGUACUGGGUUAUAGAAAUUUGAGAGGGAAGAAAUUGUAGGACAAAGGCAGAAUCUGGUUUCUUUCACAUUUUGAACCAGAUCUGUGCUGGCAGUUAGUGAAUGGUAAGUACACCUCUGGGGGAUCUCUUUCCAUUUUGAUUUAUAGACAAUGAGCUUAAUUCUCAUUUCAGCAAAUGUAUUUCCCCAGCCACCCUUUCUGUUUUGUAUCAAAGGCCAAUGUUUGCUUCUAAGAAAACAGGGCAAAUAAUUAACUAUUACACACCAAGACACAUUCAGAACAGUUUCAGAGAGGGUUAUGGAAACCUGUUUUGCUGGUAUCAUAAAUAUACCAAGCAUAGGUACAGGACAUCCUGAAGAUCAUUACAGUUUGUGAUCAAGGAUAUUGUGAGUAGUGUCAUACCAUAUUCUCUGGUUUAUUUUCUUCUAAAAGUAAGUAGAGCCCUUCAUACAAAAACCAGCCCACCUAAAUUAUCAUGAGUGCUAAGAUGAAAGUUCCAAACUGAGAUGAAAUGGAAUCCCAUUUUACCCAUUUGAAAGCUAAAUGCUUUAUUCACAGAAUACUUUCUUAUCAUCUUAAAGUGACAAAUGUCUUUAACCAGCAGUUGAUAAAUGUUUGUAUUUUCUUUACAAUUAUUAAAGAUGUCAAGCUUCA